CUGUCAAGCAUCAAGACAAAUCACGAAAGGCUGUGAAAUCUAAAUUAAUAAAAAUAUUUUUAAUUCAAAACAUAGGUUAACCUUCUAAUGUUCAAAGUGCAAUUAGAUAAUAGGUUUUAUCACAUUGUUUAUGCGAGGUAGGGAAGCAUACCCGCGUUGCUUAUAUACUUGUUGAAUACAAAAUGUCUUCAGAAUAUGGUAAAUUCGGUCCCUUAGUAGGGGCUAUUGACGAAGGAACUUCGAGUGCCCGAUUCAUACUCUUCAAAGUGAACACCUGUGAGGUGGUAGUGGUGCACCAGAAGGAGCUGGAAAAGCACUUUCCCCAAGAGGGAUGGGUGGAGCAGGACCCAAAUGCUAUAUUGGAAGUCGUACAAACUUGUAUCACCAAGGCAAUCGAAAAGCUAGUGGCUUUAGGCGGGAAUCCGAAGGAUAUAGUAGCAGUAGGAGUGACAAAUCAAAGGGAAACAACGAUAGUGUGGGACAGGACCACUGGGAAACCUCUUCACAAUGCCAUAGUCUGGCUCGACAUGAGGACAUCUUCUACUAUUGACAAGUUACUGGAUUUAGUGCCUAACAAAACUAGAAACAAAAACUACUUAAAGCCACUAUGCGGCCUCCCAAUGUCUCCAUACUUCAGUGCGAUGAAGCUGAGGUGGUUGAGUGACAACGUGGACGCAGUCAAACAGGCUAUGAAGAAAGGCGUCUGCUGCUUUGGCACCGUUGACACUUGGAUCAUAUGGAAUUUGACAGGAGGACCGAAUGGGGGUAAGCAUGUGACAGACGUGACAAACGCGUCGCGCACCAUGCUCAUGAAUAUUGAGAACCUAACUUGGGACCCGCUCCUUAUGAAGUUCUUUGAAGUGCCUAAAUCUGUGCUACCCGAAAUUAAAUCCAGUUCUGAAGUAUAUGGCUACAUAGCAGAUGGGCCGCUGAGGGGGAUACCUAUAUCUGGAUGCUUAGGUGACCAGCAAGCGGCUCUAGUAGGACAGAUGUGUCUACAGAAGGGACAAGCGAAGGCCACUUAUGGUACAGGCUGUUUCGUGCUCUACAAUACAGGCGACGUGCGCGUGAACUCCAGUCGUGGUCUGCUCACGACCGUCGCCUAUCAGUUGGGUAGUCAAAGUCCGCCCUGUUACGCUUUAGAGGGAUCGGUGGCCAUAGCCGGUGCGGCGCUAGGCUGGUUGAAAGACAACAUCGGGAUGAUAGACAGCACAAAGGAUUCGCAGGCAAUAGCCGAGAAAGCGACUGAAAACGGCAGCGUGGUGUUUGUCCCAGCGUUCAGUGGCCUGUACGCUCCAUACUGGAGGCAGGACGCUCGUGGAGUGAUUUGCGGUAUAACUGAAGAUACGAACUCCAACCACAUAGUACGCGCUGCGCUGGAGGCUGUGUGCUUCCAAGUGAGAGAUAUCCUGGAUGCCAUGAACGAGGACUGCGGGAUACCUCUGCAGUUGCUGAAGGUUGACGGGGGCAUGACGUCGAACGAGCUAGUAAUGCAAAUGCAAGCGGACUUGAUAGGUAUAAACGUUAUAAAGGCCGGCUUCACUGAAAGCACGGCUCUAGGCGCCGCUAUGGUAGCUUAUUGGGGCCUAGACCAUACCCAGAACGGCAAUACCAUAGCUUUAGUCUCUGGUAUAACCUAUAACCCGAGAAUAUCCGACGAUGAAAGGGAUAUGAGAUAUAAGCAAUGGAAAAUGGCGGUCGAAAGAUCUUUGGGUUGGGAACAGAAUUAAAACACAUUUACGACCCAAAUCAAUAAUCAUCUAUCAAUAAUCUGUCGAUAAGUUACUUACUCGUAACAACGGUGUUAUUUUUCAAAAAAGCGGACAAGUGUGAGUUGGACUCGCACACAAGGGUUCCGUACCAUUGCUCCGUACCGAAAACGUAAAAACGGAGACCUAUUUAUGUCACUUUGCUGUCUGUUUGUCCGUCUGUCUGUUUGUCCGCGUGUCACAGGUCUCUAGUUCGUAGAAGUCGGAGACGAAAUGAGUUACAAUUGUGUUUGGUAUUUGGAGUAGAACG